ACCCGGAGUAGUCUUUGGCGAGUGUAACUAGUUCUCGGUGCGCUCACUGCGCUCAGUUGCACUCCGACGAUUCCGGUAGCUUUUCGCUCGCGUUUACAAAGCGUAGCGCCGCGCAUCGUUCCACCUGCGCCCGAGCAGCCAUUAUCUACCUGUCCGUCGAGCGCGCAGGUAGCAACUUUUUCGUAUUUUCUUCGUCCGUUCAUUUAGGGGGCGAGUCGCGCCGUCCGCCGAUAAUUACAUUAGCGCGUUUUGUUGGUUUUGUUGGCGUCGGAUCUCGUGUGCGUGGGUGUUGCCAACAAAUAAUCCGUGCGUUUCCUUGGCAACGUGUGGUGUAAUUGUAAAUACCAUCGAUUAAUUACAAUCGUGAUUCAUUGCUGUAAUGUGUUGUUGUUUUCUGUGCAAUAAAAACUAAAAAUUUAUAAGAAAUAAAUCAUGUGAUGAGUGUGAAUUAGCAUAGUGUUGUGCGCGUGCGAAUUUGACUAAAAGUGAUUCAGUGCAGUGAUAAAAUAUGGAAAUGUCGUGUCGAAGGUGGAGCAACAAUAGCAACAGCUUUUCGUUUACGUGCAUAGGACUCCUUUUACUCUUGACCAUAACAAAAUCACAUGCACAAUACUAUGGUCCCUCAGACCAACCCGAGGCCUACUUCAAUGGGUCCUCAUACAUCCGCCUGGAAACAACCAUAUCACUCAAACGAUUAACUGGUAUGUCCUUCCGGACAUGCGCUGGAGGUGAACUGAUCUCACAACAACUCAACGACAACAUCUUCCAAAUCUCCGUCAACAUGGACGGCCUCAACUACUACGCCAAAACAACUGGUAGGCAAUACAAAGCGCUCAUUCCUGGUAUGUUCCUGAAUAACCAAUGGCACAACGUCAUGUUACACUAUGGAUUUGGUAAUCUUACUCUACGCAUCGACGGAGAUGAAGAACUGCUGGCAAACUCAACACAUCAGAGUGAUUUACUAAGUGGGGAUCUGUAUAAUGAUGGUGCGGUCCUGAUUGUUGGUAAACACUACAACGGGUGUAUCCUGGAAGGUCCCUCAAUCAACUUCAACAAGUCCAGUAUUCAGGCCCAUAGUGUCGCCUUUACAAAAUGUCCCAUCCCCAGGGAUACCUGUCAAGUCCGUCAGGAUGUAAAGAUGCCUCGAGCGUUUGAUUUCUGUCAAACUGACCCAUGUCUCACACAUGGUGUGUGCAAGAACGAGGUAAACACCUACAGCUGCGAAUGUUCCCCACGGUACGCAGGGAAAAACUGUGAGAUUGACUUGGGGAACCCUUGUGAUGCGGUACCACCAGUUUGCAAGAAUGGCGCUGUGUGUAUCGAUGACAUAUCCGGUAACUUCAAGUGUAAUUGUCCUUCUGGGUUCACGGGGAAGAUGUGUGACACCGAAGUGAAGAUAAACCCGCUGUGUUUAAACAACCCAUGUCAAAAUGGCGGCGUGUGUCAGGUGCGUGAUGAUUCCGUCGAGUGUUUGUGUCCCAGUGGGUUCCUGGGAGCUAAGUGUGAGGUCAACGUCAAUGAAUGUGAUUCAUCACCUUGUCGCAAUGGAGGUUUGUGUAUUGAUGGUCCCAAUAACUUCACAUGUGAUUGUGCUCAUACUGGAUACAAUGGGGUUACCUGCGAGGAGAAUAUUGAUGAAUGCCAGGCGAAACCCUGUUUGAACCGUGGGAUCUGUUAUGAUACUUAUGGGAGCUAUAUGUGUCAAUGUUUAAUGGGUUAUGAUGGUCUCAACUGUGAAAUUAAAAUCAGUGAUUGUAAGCUACAACCAUGUUUUAACCAUGGUAAAUGUGAGGAAAAGAAUGGCCGCUAUGAAUGUCAUUGCCCACCUGGUUAUGGUGGUUACCAUUGUGAGAUGGAGCUUCGCGCAGCUGGUUCCUCCUGUGAUGAGCACUUCUGUGGACCUUUAGCUGAAUGCACAGAGAUAUCAGGUGUCCCUACAUGUGCCUGCAAAGCAGAAUAUGGUGGGGUUUACCCGAAUUGUGUGAACAGUAACUGUCCCCUGGGUACACAGUUUGCUGGUUACUAUUGCGUCUGUAAGCCGGGUUGGUUCGGCCUGAAUUGUCACGUAAACGCGUUUCAUUCAAAAACUUCACAUGCUGACGCGUCGUGGCACAAUGGUGGCACUUUCACUCAAUCUUGUGGUGACCGUUGUCAGAUCUCUCUGGACGAUUGCACAAAAUUCGCUUGUCUGAAUGGCGGUUCCUGUGUUGAGACCUCAACAGGGUACCAUUGUGAUUGCCCUAAGACCCACGUGGGAGCCAUGUGUGAACGAUCCAUAAAAGCAGCCUCCUGUGAGUUUAAACCCUGUCAAAACAACGCCACAUGCCACCAGGACCCAAAUGGUCGAGAUUACACCUGUGUGUGCCUACCAGGUUUCGAAGGCAACAACUGUGAGCUAGAUAUUGAUGAUUGUCUAGGUGUGACAUGUCCCACAGGUAAAAUCUGUGUGGAUAUGAUCAACGCGCAUGAAUGUCAAUGCCCCGAGGGUUUUACUGGUGAUUCAUGCCAGAUAGACAUUGGUCAGGACCCAUGUGGGGUUAAUCCAUGCCAAAAUGGCGAGUGUAACCCUUCACCACCCGGUGGUCAUCAUAAUUACACCUGCACCUGUGCUUCUGGUUACCAGGGAUUCAAUUGUGAUAAGGAUAUCAACGAAUGUGAGUUACCUGGUGUGCCAAUUUGUAAUAAUGGUAUCUGUGUUAACAAAGAGGGCAGUUUUCAAUGCUACUGCAAACCAGGUUAUACAGGGGAAAGAUGUAAUCUUGAUUUUGAUGAAUGUUUGUCCCAACCAUGCAAGAACAACGCAACUUGUAUCAACAAAGUGAAUAACUACGAAUGUGUCUGCCCACCUGGUUACCAAGGGAAGGAUUGUAACAUUAACAUUGAUGAGUGUGCUAGUAAUCCCUGUAUGAUGGGAUCAACAUGCGUGGAUGGGAUCAAUAAGUUUACUUGUCUCUGUCAAGCUGGGUUAACAGGUGUCCAGUGCGAGAUUGAUAUUGAUGAUUGUUUAUCUUCGCCAUGUUUACACGAUGCAAUAUGUAUCGAUGGGCUUAAUAUGUAUACCUGCAACUGUACAGAUACAGGUUAUACAGGUGAACACUGCGAGAUCAAUAUCAAUGAUUGUGUUUCGAAUCCCUGUCAAAAUGGGGCAUUGUGUAUUGAUUUAGUUAAAGAUUACAUGUGUGAAUGUUUCGAUGGUUAUGUUGGUAAGAACUGUCAGGAGGAUAUCAACGAAUGUGAAUCCUCACCAUGUUUGAAUUAUGGUGUGUGUCUUGAGCGCAGUAAUGCUACUCUUUAUGAUACAACCCUGGAAUCCAACGCGAACCUACCUGCAGUGUUCCGGAAGCAGUUUGAGUUCCAUAAUGCUUCCGGGUAUGAAUGUAUGUGCGUUCCUGGUGUUAUUGGAGAAAACUGUGAGAUCAACGUCAACGAAUGUGAUUCCAACCCUUGUCGGAGUGGUACCUGCGUGGAUAAGAUCGGAAUGUAUAUCUGUGAAUGCGAUGAGGGUUUUGAAGGUGCCCAGUGCGAGAUAGACAUCGAUGAGUGUGAGAAAUAUCAACCGUGUGUCCAUGGGUCUUGUAUUGAUAAGAGGGCGAAUUAUUUCUGUGACUGCGAGGCGGGUUACGGAGGAAAGAACUGUUCUGUUGAAUUGACAGGUUGUCGUGAGAACCCUUGCCAGAAUAAUGGUACCUGCAAGCCGUACCUUGAUAAUGAGACAAUGCAUAAGUUUAAUUGCACGUGUCCACAUGGUUUUCAUGGUCAUACCUGUGAAAGGGUUACCACGAUGUCCCUAGCUGGUAAUUCCUUGUUGGUUGUGAAUACUUCUAGGGAUGAAGGUCAUGAUAUCCAAUUCAGGUUCAAGACCACUUUGGGAGAUGGUUUCCUGGCGUUGGGUAAAGGUUCCACUUAUUAUAUUCUGACUCUGGCAAAGGGUAGGCUCAACUUACAUUCGUCCCUGUUGAAUAAGUGGGAUGGAGUGUUUGUUGGAAGUAAUCUCAAUGACAGUAGCUGGCAGAGGGUGUUUGUCGCUAUCAAUUCAUCCCACCUGGUCCUUUCUGCGAAUGAUGAGCAAACCAUCUACCCAAUCAACUAUAACGAUAAUAAUGGAUCAUCCACCAGUUUCCCUACAACCUAUUUUGGUGGUUAUCCGAAUAAUCACAGGAAACUAGCCCAUGUCCAACCAUUUUUGGUUGGUUGCGUUGAAGAUAUCAUCGUGAACGGAGAAUGGGUCCUCCCUGAUACUCAAAACGCUUCCUGGGUGGGUUUCCAGAAUGUAGUCACCGGUUGUCAUCGAGAACCACAAUGUGAACCCAAUCCCUGUCACUCAGGUGGUCAUUGUACGGAUUUAUGGAGCAAUUUCAGUUGUACCUGUGAAAGACCUCAUCUUGGGUACAACUGUCAGUAUAAUUACACAGCAGCUACCUUUGGUUAUGAGAACAUCACUGAUUCUUUGGUGACCGUCACAGCGACAGAUGCAGCUCGACGUGCGAUAAGGUCCAUUGUAGAUAUCUCAAUGUUUGUACGUACAAGACAAUCACGUGGACAAAUCUUUUACCUGGGAUCUGCUUUGGGUUCGGCCAAUCUUCAGAAUGAGAGUUACAUUGCCGCCCAGCUUGAAGGCGGGGAACUUUUAGUACGGAUACAGUUCAAUGGGACGUUUGAAGCGUAUACUGUAGGUGGAGUGAAGUUGAACAAUGGUCAUGAUCACUUGAUUCAAGUGAUUCGGAAUGUUACACUGGUCCAGGUUAAGCUAAACGGUACCGAAUACUUCCGGAAGACUAUAUCUGCCACUGGGACAUUGGAUGCACAAGUGUUAUUCCUCGGGGGACAACCUCAGCUGAGACCUGUGCGUCAGACCAAUGAUUUCAGCAAAUCUCCUACUUCAACAGCAGAAGUAACAGCUGCUACUGGUCCUGCCGCGGUCACCACCCCUUUGAGUAUGAUUCACUUCAAAGGGAUCAUCCAGGAUGUGCAAAUCAGCGAUGGGCAAAAAAUAAUGGUUGUAGAAUUCUUCCCUCUGCAAGCUGAAGAACUUUCCAUCCCAACUGUUAGUUUUGGAACUGUCACUUUUGACAAUGCUACAGUUUUAGAAGGUAUUCUGUCUGAUGAUUCAUGCCGGAUCCAACCAUGUCAUCGUAAUGGUAAAUGCAUCAACACCUGGAAUGAUUACCGUUGUCAAUGCCCACAUGGAUUCAAAGGCAAGGACUGUAUAGAGUUGGAAUUCUGUGAGUUGGAAAGAUGUCCGGAUGAUUCGACUUGUAGAAAUCUAGAAAGUGGUUAUGAAUGCGCCGCGAAUGCAACGUUUGAUGGUGAAGCCAAACCAUUAAUGUACAACCUGACAACGCCAGAUAACAAACAUUAUAGUGCUGACUCCAUUGAGGUUACAUAUCGUACCAGAUCCUGGGGUACUGUUCUUUUUGCCAAGUAUCUGGAGAAAUACUUUACCAUUUUUAUCUAUCACGAUGAAGUGGUUGCCGAAUGGAAUCUGGGAACGCAAUUUGAGACUCGCAGAUUCCGAAAGGAGCAUUUUGAUGGUCAAUGGGUGACACUCCUCUUCAAAUACAAGGAUUCCAUGCUCAAAGGAGGUUUCAAGGAGCAUGUUUUAGAUGACACGCCGGAUUUCACCACGAAUGAUUUCGAUUUUGGUAACUUUAACGAAAUAUUCACUCGUGGUGUCAUCUACAUUGCAGGUUCUGAUAACAAAACCUUUGAUUACCGUGAGGUAAUCAAGAGUACGGAUUACAAUGGUACCAGCUAUGUUACCCUGGCGGAUACAACCACCCAGGACCCAGUGAUUGUGAGCAAUUCAGUGGAUUUCAUGGACAAUACAUUCCCUUCUUACAAAAUAGACCUCAGCAGGAAUUCGGAUCAAUUUAAAGGAUGUCUGAGUGACAUACGUAUUGGUAGAUUACUAGUGCCUUACUAUUCCACUGAUGAAUUGUUCAAUCAAACAAGACCUGAGGAGUACUUCACUCAGUUUGAGAACGCAGAGAAAACAAUCGGGUGUUUACUGUGUUACGAGAAGGAUUGUUACAACAAUGGCCGCUGCAUUGAACCAAACAGCACUUAUAAAUGUCAAUGUCCCGAUGGUUAUGCAGCUGAUGAUUGCAGCAUUGAUAUUAAUGAAUGUGAAGACAAUAAAUGUGAGAACAACGCUACCUGUGUGGAUCUCAUUGGGAAAUAUGAGUGUGAAUGUCAACUUGGCUACGAUGGCACUUAUUGUGAACAUGAUAUUGAUGAGUGUGCAAGUGGCCCAUGUCAUAAUGGAGGAAGUUGUAUUGAUCUCUUGGGGAUGUUCCGUUGUGAAUGUCCUGAGGAUUACGUUGGGAGACAAUGUGAGGCUCUACGACUGAUUACAUGUGAUAAUCAACCUUGUAAAGAUGGCUCCACGUGUCGAAAUGGCAAAAACGAAAUGACACACAACAACUUCACGUGUCUCUGCGCUGAAGGUAUGGUCGGUACCCUGUGUGAUACGCCAUAUUGUUUGGUGAAAUCCCAUGGUUGUGAACACGAUGGCCUGUGCAAUACAACAAACCGAGUUCCUUUCUGUCAAUGUCGUUUGGGUUAUGAAGGAAGACACUGUGAGAUUGACAUUGAUGAAUGUGUGGAUGAUCCGUGCCAAAAUGGCGGACAAUGUAUCGAUGGCGUUGGGAGAUACACUUGUAACUGUACAGGUACAGGGUAUGAAGGUACAAAUUGUGAGAUUGAUGAAGAUGAGUGCACAGACAUCCCCAAUAUCUGUGGGGAUUUGGGGAAGUGUGUUAACAUGCCGGGGAGUUACCGGUGUGAUUGUAUGAAUCGACGCUGUGGGCACCAGUGCAAACUGGAUGAUCCAUGUAUUAUCAAUCCUUGUGAGCAUGGAAUAUGUCACAGUAAAUGUGCGUAUGAAGCUGCUUAUGAUUGUGAAUGUGAACUUGGAUGGGCAGGGAAGAAUUGCAGUGAGACACAGAUUGAGGCAGCGUCCACAGGCAAUUUUGACAUCUUAUACGUGAUUAUUCCAGUCGUGGUCGUUGUCCUGUUGAUAGUUGUGGUUGUUACCGUUGUUUUGGUAAACGUUGCACGCAGUAAACGUGCGACACGCGGUACCUACAGCCCCAGCGCUCAAGAAUUCUGUAAUCCUCGUGUGGAACUUGAUCAUGUGCUCAAGCCUCCGCCCGAAGAACGACUUAUUUAAGUAUUUUUCUAUAAACAUUCCAAUUUGAACUGAAUGUGAUGCAAACACACGAGAUUGUACAUAAAAUGGAGGGACUCAAAUCAUGUUUAUGUUAUGUUUAGACUAAUUUAGACUAUGCGAUGACAAUGAUAUUUAUUUCUAACUUCUAAGAGUGAAUAAUGAGAGUAAAUGUUAUUUUUGAUGUUCAUGACAGGACCAAAGUUUGUAAAUAGCGUUUUUAGUUUAAGUUACACGCAGACAUUUUUAUACAACUUUACAUAUUGUGGUGUGCCUUAUGUACUUAAGAAUUUCGUAUGAAUCUAUAACCAGUUUUCUCAAAGUAACAGUAUUUUGUAAGCAAUGUUGAUAAUUGUACUUAAUUUAUAUUAAUAACGAAAUAAGUAUGAAUAUUUUUGUCUUGAAUAGAUUAAUUGAUUAAAUGAAAUGAUACAGUAA